AUGAAGAGAAUAAAUGAAAAAGGUAUAGCUGAUAUCAUUAAUGUCAGCGAUGUAAUGAUGAAAAGAAAUUUUGACUCAUUAUUUACAAAACCGAAAACAGAAUAUAGUCUUUAUGAUGUAAUUACGGAAUUAAUGAAAAAGAUUAAUGAUAAUAAGAGUUCUGGCGGAAGAGUUGAAUUAGAAGUGAAUGAUGUUAAUGAGAAAUUAGCCGAAAAAGCAGACAAAAAUGAGCUUUUAGCUCUGAGUGAUAAAGUCAAGAACCACGUUCAUUAUAUAACUUCAGACGAACAGAUUAUAACGGACUACCAUGGAUAUUUAACACGAAGUGAUGAAGCGAAGACAAAAAAUGUUAAUGAAAGAAGAUAUAAAUACAUUCGUGCUAAAGGUUAUGACAUAAGCUGUACUGUACAGUAUGAUGUAGCUAAAGCACCAGAAGCAUUUGGUUAUACCGGUGAAAUUUAUGCCUCUACUUUCAAUGUUAACGGUGUAUUAGUUGAACCAAGAUUUACUUUGAGAGUUAAGGCAAAAAUAACGUUUGAAGAUGCUAUUAAAAGUAAAGCUGACAAAGUUGAACUCGAAGCAAUGAACAAAGUUUUGAAAUCUCAUAAACACAACAUCUCCGAUAUAAAUGAACUUCAAGCUACAUUAGACAGUAAAGCCUACAAGAACCAUACACAUGAAUCCUUCACUACUGUUAGAGCAGACGACAUAAUAUUGAACUUUGACCUUGGUUCAAGUGCACCAUUAGAAAAUCCAAGUACAAGCGUAAAAGAUACUCUUAACAAUUUAGAUAAGAGUUGCAGGAAUAUUGAAGAUCAUGCCAGAAACUUUGAAGCAUAUGAACUACCAGCAAUGUUAGAUAAGAAAGCUGACAAAACAGAGCUUCAAACAUUAAAGACAGAAAUACUUCAAACAUUAUAUCCUAUAGGUUCUAUUUAUACGUCAAUGAACUCAACAAAUCCAGCAACAGUUCUGGGUUUCGGUACGUGGGAACAGAUUGUAGAUAAAUUCUUAUACUGUGCUAGAUAUUCAAAGCAAACGGGAGGUUCGAAGAAAAUUAAAGAAGCAAACCUUCCACCGCACACUCAUACAGGAACUACAAACACAACAGGUAGUCAUUCACAUUCAAUAACAAAAAGAGGUUAUACAAAUCUUGCAGCAGGUUCGGAUAGACAGGGAAUGAAUAGAUAUGAUAUUUCAAGUGACCCAGUAGAUUCAAGCGCAGGUAUUUUCUGUGGAACCACAGGAAAUCAUUCACACACUUUCACAACAAAUCCAACAGGCUCGGGUGCAGAUUAUAUGCCACCAUUUGUGACUGUAUUCGCAUGGUAUAGAGUUCAAUGA